AUGAGGUGGCCUACUACAAUUCUUCUCGGGUUCCUGGCUGUGACUCGAGCAGAAUCAACGACUCAAUUCUCCACCGAGUCGGGGAAGACUACCGAUGGACCCACGGUUGUGUCAAUCACAACUCCCGUGGCAAUUCCCUCGGGUACCUACCAAGAUCCCAGUACAACAAUCACAUUGAGUGAUGGCGAUAAGUCGACUAUUCGAUCGACUACCCAACAUAAUGGCACAAUGACAGUCUCCAACCAAACGUCUAUCACGACUUCCGAUUCCAUGACGUUACUGGUGGGUGGAGGAACCACGGUGAUUGGGAACUAUAGCAUGAACGCGACCACGACUACCAUCAGCACGGCUACCAAUACCCCUGUUGUCAAUACCCGUCCCUGUAAUAACUAUCCUGAAUUUUGUGCCAGGAAGUACUCCAAUAUUACUAUGGUUGCAGCACACAACAGCCCGUUUGUGCGCAAGAACAACCUCGCCGCCAACCAGGAGCUGGAUGUGACAACGCAGUUGAAUGACGGAAUUCGCACAUUGCAACUCCAAGCUCACUACGUGAAUGGCACCAUCUACCUGUGCCACACAACCUGUCAAUUGUUGAACGUCGGCACCCUCGAAGCAUACCUGACCGAUGUCAACAGAUGGAUGCGAAGAAACCCAUAUGAUGUGGUGACCUUUGUCAUCGGCAACUUUGACUAUGUCUCUCCCGAGAACUUUACAACCCCGAUCUACAACUCCGGACUGAAGGAUUUGAUCUACACACCCACCAAGGUCCCAAUGGCCCUGAACGACUGGCCCACCCUCUCGGAGAUGAUCCUCAAGCAGAAGCGCGCCGUCUUUUUCCUAGACUACCAGGCCAACCAGACCACUUACCCAUGGCUGAUGGAUGAGUUCUCCCAGAUGUGGGAGACGCCCUUCUCACCCACGGACCCUACCUUCCCCUGCACACAACAGCGCCCACCCGGUCUGUCUGUUGCAGCUGCCAAGGACCGCAUGUAUAUGGCCAAUCACAAUCUGAACUUGCAGUUGAACCUUGGCGCUCUGAGCUUGUUGAUUCCGAAUACCGCUCAGAUUGACGAGAUCAAUGCUGUGAAUGGCAGUGGUAGUCUAGGUGCAAUGGCUCAAAACUGCACAGCAACCUGGGGCCGUCCACCCAACAUGCUUCUGGUCGAUUACUAUAACUAUGGGAAUUUCAACGGCUCGGUCUUCGAGGUCGCUGCGGAGAUGAACAAUGUGACGUACAACGAACUUGAGACAGAGAGAGAGAGAGAGAGAGAGAGAAACGUCUUCAAAUUUACCAAAAUGCCUAAUCCCACCCCCAUCCCCAGCUCCCUGACAUCACAUGACCACUCCCCACCGCACCGCAAACCACCUCCACCAGACCCUCACCAAAACCACCCCCUCACCAAACCCGAGCGCACAGGACAAACCGCCAAAAUGGUCGAUAUCGUCCCCCUCAGCAGCUACCCCUCCUACAUCGACCUCCUCCCCUCCAUCCAAACCUGCAACAUAACAAACCUGCCAGAGAACUACUUCCUAAAAUACUACCUGUACCACGCCCUAACCUGGCCGCAGCUAAGCUUCGUGGCAGUCGUACGUCCGCGCAAUGGAUAUAAGUCCGGGUCCACGGGCGCUGGCAUCGCCGGCGAUGUCUCAGGCGAGUAUCCUAAAGUCGUUGGAUACGUUCUCGCGAAGAUGGAGGAGGAGCCGACGGAUGGGAAGCAGCAUGGUCACAUUACCAGUUUGAGUGUGAUGCGCACGCAUCGACGGUUGGGAAUUGCGGAGAGAUUGAUGCGGAUGAGUCAACGCGCAAUGGCCGAAUCUCACCGCGCGCAUUACGUCUCGCUGCACGUGCGUAUGUCGAACUUUGCUGCGCUGCGAUUGUACCGCGACACGCUUGGCUUUGAGGUCGAGAAAGUUGAGGAUGGAUACUACGCUGACGGUGAGGAUGCGUAUGCUAUGCGCUUGGAUCUUCAGAACAUGUGGCUUGAUUGGAAGGCUAUUGAGAAGCGGGAUGCGAACACCAAUAAGGAGAAAAAUGGGGAGGAGGGGAAUGAGGAUGAGGGUGAAGAGGUUGGAGAGCUUGGGAAGAAGGACGCCGAGAAGAUGAUUCGGGUUAAGGUUGGGAGGGGACUUGGGGUUGGUGAUUUGGUUGAGAAGAAUGAGUCGAAGGCUUAG